AGAAUAGUUCACUAAUAAUAAAACGUCGUUUUACACCAGCUAUAUCUUCCACAAACUAAACAGGAAAAGGAAAUGACGAAAAUUAAGAAUGACCUUGAAUGUUGUUUCAACUUGUCAAUUUAGACAUAUACACACUCAGUGUAAAAAUGAAUCGUGUGAAAGAAAUGUUUUGUAGCAAAUGUCGCUACAUAAUUGCUAUUAUGGCGUUUUUAAACUGUAUUCUUAUUUACAUGAUGAGAGUUGACUUAAAUGUCACAAUUCUCGCUAUGGUUAAUGAAACAGUAGAGGAAAAGUCUAACAUCCAUAAAACGUUUUUCUGUGCAAACUCUACGGAUGACGUUCCAACCAACCAUAACAGAAUCAAUGUUGGCGAACUUAACUGGGGAAGACUAACUCAAGGGAUUGUACUGGGAGCCUUCUUCUGGGGUUAUAUUUUAACUCAAAUUCCAGGUGGAAUAUUAGCCUUCAGAUUUGGUCCUAAAUGGGUGGUGUUUGUCAGUCUUGCUGGAUGUGGAAUCAUUGAAUUCUGUAUACCGCCUGCAGCACGUAGCCAUGUUGAAAUUUUAAUCUUUUUACGUAUAGCAGAAGGUCUUUUUCAGGGGGUUAUGAUGCCUAAUAUGGCUUGCUUAGUUGCAAUUUGGUCACCGCCAUCUGAAAAAAGUCGAUUUACUGCAUUCGUCUUCUCGGGUAUUAUAUUUGGUACUGUCCUUGGUCAAACAGCAGCUGGUAUCAUUUCACAACCGAGAGCAAUUCAUUCACCUCUAGAAACUAAACCAAUUUAUGUCUCCUACUGGUAUAAUGUACAUUACCUGUUUGGUGUAAUUGCGUUAAUAUUUUCACUACUUUGGAUUAUUCUUGUUUACAACAGUCCAGAAAAUCAUCCAUGGAUUGGUGAAAAGGAAAAACACUUUCUGACCGAUCAGUCACCUGGAGCUUUUAGUAGAAAUAGACUACAAUCCAGUCAGUCGGUAGUGAAACCAUCAAUGGCAUCAUUCGCCUAUUCAUCAAGAAGUUUAGAUACUUUAUCCAUCGAUUUGGAUAUCAUACAAAAACGUUAUGUACCUUGGCGAAAAAUAUUUCAAUCACGUCCAGUAUGGGCGAUUUUAAUUUGUCAUGUUUGUUAUAACUGGGCCUUCUACACUUUAAUUACUGGUAUGCCAACAUAUAUGUCACGUGUACUAGGCUUUAGUAUUGCUGAAAACGGUCUAUUGUCAUCUAUCCCGUAUAUUGCGCAAUCAGUUGUCAGCUUUAUCGUCGCCUACUUUUCUGAUCUGUUCAUUAUGAAGCGAUAUCUAUCCACAACUUGGGUACGUAAGAUAAAUAACCUGAUCGCUUUAGGUGGACUUGGUUUCAGUUUGAUAUGUGUUUCAAUUGUUGGAUGUAAUCGAACAAGUGCUGUGGUUUUAUUCUCUGUUACUAUUGGUCUGAUGGGAUUCUCAUUCGCUGGUUAUGGGUCGAAUUCUUUAGAUUUAGCACCAAUUUACAGUGGUAAUAUUAUUUCAAUAACGAAUACUGCAGCAACAUUACCUGGUAUUUUAGGACCUUUAGUGUUUGGUUAUUUGACAAGAGAAAGCUCAAGUGUUCAUAACUGGUUAUUUGUAUUCAGUAUCACUGCUGGCAUAGCUUGGUUCGGUGCAUUAAUGAAUUUAUGGAUGACAAGUGGAGAGAUCCAACCAUGGAGUAAACUACCGAAUGCUACAGACAACCAAAAUCACAAUCAUAUUAGUAAUAAUAAUACCAAUAAUGAUCAUAGAAAUAUUCAGAUGACUCGUCCGUCAUCCAUAAACAUCGACGCAAACAUGACUCAACACAUCUCAGCGGAAAUGUUCGAUUAGGUAGAAAAUGAAGUCAGGAAUACUUUCUACAGAGGCUUUCUCAUCUUCACAACAUCAUUUUCUCCUCUUUUCUUUGUUUCAUGAAGGAGUAUUAAAUGAUGAACACGUGUGCUUUGCUUGUAUCUUCUACCUUCAAUUCCCUCCCAAGUUAUUCUUCUGUAAAUUAUAUCCUUCCAAGUUACUCUUCUCUCCAAAUAUCACAUUCAUUAUUAUUAUAAGCAGCAUUUAUUGAUUUUCAGAAAUUCUAUUCCAUUAUUUUCCGAUAGAUUGACAUUCAGCGGACUAACUUCAUCAAAUAACACUACACACUCUGGGGUAUUCUUCUUCCGAAACAUCAUCUCCUCUCUUAUUUAAACGAUAAUAUGACAAUAAGCAUAUACAUACAGAACAAGAAAUUACUGAUUUGAGGGAAGAUGGCAGACGUAAUCUACUUGACAGGCACACUGUUGAUACUCUCUUCAUUAUAAAGUCCUAUAUUCUAGGUCAAAUAAGACGACAGUCGAAUUAUCUGUCAUUGUGAUUGAUACUACUUAUAUGGUGUAGUUUUUAACCAUUUCAGUAGUAUGCUUCCAGUAUGUUCUGUGUUCUAUUCAAACGAUACACUUCGUCUCUCUGAAAAAAUGUCUAUGACUUUUAACUAAUAAAAACCUGGCUAUUUUCAUUCUUUUAUUUAUAUAUAAUUAACUUCUUAUCCCGUAUUUUUGAUAAUGAUUUAAAAAAAUAAGCGAUUAAUAAUAAUCAUGAGUGUUUUUUGUGUUAUUUUAUUUAUAUUACUUUUAAACUAGUCAGUAACUUAAAAUUCCUUUAAAAUAAUUACAGGAAACAAGUAAA